CACAUACAAAACUGCAUACCGCAUACGAAAAUCAGAAAUUGAAAUGUAAACGUGAAUAAAACGUGUUUGCAUGUCAUCGGUGUCAUCAUUUUGUCAACGAAAACAAUCGGUCGCCCCACUACGGAUCACCGGCAUUUUACAUAACACAUUUAUCCAACCGGUUAUAAUCGCCAGUCGCCUGAUUGCACGAUAGCGGCGUACAUCGCUACUCACAUCGCCACUGUAACGGUAAAUUAACUCACAUUUAAUCAACGCACAACGUGUGCACGUACACGGUGCACCGUGAAUUAAUUCUGUCGACUAGCAAAUAAAACGCGCAGUCAUGAUUGAGGUGGAGAUAUUUCUGGUGAAUAAAAAACAACUGUGCAAAGUCCGCAUCGAGACUACAAGCACCGUGAAAGACAUCAAGCGAGCUAUUCAAGAUGCCUCCGGCAUGCUCACCUGCCGACAAUCACUGCGUAGUGAAGCAAAAGGCAAAGACAUUUCGGAUUCAACCACACUUGCACUCAGCAACGGCUCGAAACUGUUCGUCAAAGACCUAGGACCGCAGAUUUCAUGGACUACAGUAUUCCUUGCUGAAUAUUUCGGUCCUUUGGUUGUCUACGCCUUGUUCGCAAUGCGUCCACGAAUCAUCUACGGCAGUGAUGCUAAUAUUCCACUCACAACCACAGCGACAAUCGCCUGGCUCUGCUGGAGUGUGCAUUAUAUCAAGAGGUUAUUGGAAACGCUCUUUGUACAUCGAUUCUCUCAUGGAACAAUGCCAGUUCGUAACUUGUUCAAAAACUGUGGAUAUUACUGGGGUUUCGCUGCGUUUGUAGCGUAUUUCACUAAUCAUCCACUGUUUACGCCACCGUCGACGAAUCAAAUGUUGAUUGGGUUGAUUAUGUUUGCUCUGUGUGAGGCUGGGAACUUCAGCAUUCAUAUUCUGUUGAGGAAUUUGAGACCUGCGGGUUCCACGGUGAGGAAAAUCCCGAAACCUGAUGGCAAUCCAUUCACGUUGCUGUUUAAUUUCGUUUCGUGUCCGAAUUACACGUAUGAGUUCGGUGCCUGGCUUGGUUUCACCAUCAUGACAAGUUGUAUUCCAGCAUUGAUUUUUGCCGCCGCUGGGAUGUAUCAGAUGAGUGUGUGGGCGCUGGGGAAACAUCGUAACUACAAGAAAGAGUUCUCUAACUAUCCGAAACGGAAGGCGAUUGUUCCUUUUGUUUUGUAAUUUGU